AUCAAAUCAUCGAUCUGUGAUAUUUGCUCAAGACUAAACGGUGCGCUUUUAUUCUGAAGUGGCGUCAAUGUUGUUUUUCUCGACACGAGCCACUUUUCAAACAGCCACAUUGUAAAUGGAGUUGAACGACGUCUGAAGUCUAAUCGGACGGUAUGAACUGGACCCGCAGUGAUGGGGGUUGUUUGCGUGGCGAGUGUGCAGGCAGAGCAGAACAGGUUUGCCGAGUGGAGUGUGCGCGCGAUGACUCAGAUAGGUUCUUUGCCGCAAAUGUUGUUUUCCUUCAGGUUGAUGUUGUGCAUUGUUGACACACACGCCGCAGCUCACGCUGACCUGUGUUAGCCAAGCUCGAGUGGGCCUCUCUUGAAAGGUCACGACCCAGAGAUGAGAGUUCCCCAAGAGGCACGUCGUCCUCGUCUUGUUUUCAAGCGCAAACGCCUUCCUGGAUGAGUUCCUCCGGGGGCGUUCAGGCGGAGCGUAGCGGCUGGGAUGUCCUCAGCAUCCCGGUGCCCAUGCGGCGCGGCGGUUCCGAGUCCAACCUGGAUGAUGUGGUGGACGGCGUGGGCCUGGACUUCAACAAGGGCGCGCUCGGCAUCGACAGCCUGCAGCAGAAGAUCCUCAAGGUGACGGAGCAGAUCAAGGUGGAGCAGACGGCACGGGACCAGAAUGUGGCGGAGUACCUGAAGUUGGUCAACAACGCCGACAAGCAGCAGAUGGUGCGCAUCCGGCAAGUGUUUGAGAAGAAGAACCGCAAGUCGGCACACUCCAUCGGCAGGCUGCAGAGGAAGCUGGAGCAGUACCACCGGCGCGCCAGGGACAGCGAGGCCAACGGCAAGCACGGCCACAAGGACGGCGCCCGGGACUCGGGGGGGCACGGCAAGGAGGGCGGCCUGCGCGAGGUCGGCGCCUCGGGCCGCCACCCCGCCUUGGACAAGGUCAAGACCGUCGGGCCUGGCGUGUCGCUCUCGCCGCCGUUCUUCUUCAACAAGUCGCGCGGCUUGGCCAGCCUCAUCCGCAACAGGUACGGCAGCGCCGACAACAUCGCGCACCUCAAGAGCAUGGACGCCGGCUCGGGGCUGCGCGGCGAAGUCGGCGGCCGCGGCCUGAGCGGCAGCGCCAACACCGUGGCCAAAUCCGCGAAAUACCACAGCGACGACGAGUGCUCCACCGGGACUUCGGCCUCCGCCGACUCUAGGCCCGACGGCGGCGGCCGGCUGGCCGAGGCCCUGGAGAUGGUCCGCGACAUGCGCGAGGCGCAGACGCAGCUGGGGGACGACAUCGAGGCGCUCAACGCGCAGUUUAAACGCGACUACGGGUACUUCACUCAGGUGUUGCAGGAGGAGCGCUACAGGUACGAGCGCCUGGAGGACCAGCUGAACGACCUGACGGAGCUCCACCAGCACGAGACCGGCAACCUGAAGCAGGAGCUGGCCAGCAUCGAGGAAAAGGUGGCCUACCAGGCCUACGAGAGGGCCAGGGACAUCCAGGAGGUGCUGGAGUCGUGCCAGACGCGCGUGUCCAAGCUGGAGCUUCAGCAGCAGCAGCAGCAGCAGACGGUGCAGCUGGAGAACGCCGACGCCAAGGUGCUGCUGGGCAAGUGCAUCAACAUCAUGCUGGCCUUCGCCACCGUCAUCCUGGUGUGCGUGUCCACGGCGGCCAAGUUCGCCGCCCCGCUCCUGCGCAGCCGCCUGCGCCUGGCCCUCACCUGUGUGGGCGUGUCCCUGCUGGCGCUGCUGUGGAAGAACUGGGAGCAUCUGCAGUGCGCCCUGGAACGACUGCUGCUGCCGCACUGAGACCGGCGCCGCUCGCUCAAAGCUGGAAAGGUUUCAGCGGACCUUUCGGGAUGAACCUCAAAUGCAUUAAAACAGCCACAAGUUCACCGAAAGCACUCAAGUACUGUACUGGAUCAGGGAAAAAAA